AUGAUAGGAAACGGGUCCGGAGGUACACAUUACAAUGUAUACGAACCUCAAACAAUGAAAUUUCCCGAACCGCCGACAUACAUACGCUCAAACAGGCACCAGGCUAGUUUACCCGCCACGUAUUACAGGCUAUACUGCUCAGCCAAAUUUAAUAGUCGAGAAAUUGUACAAAAUAUCAACACAGGAAUGAAGGAUUUUACGUCAGAGCCCUAUCCAGUUGACAGACUAGAGAGAGAAAAGACUGAAAAGUGCAGGACUCACAUUACUAUCUUACAUAACAAAGGUAAUAGAUCGAAUAUGAUAAAGUACUCAAAGAUUAGCAAAGCAAAAUGUCCUCCGAAAUCAAUCCUUAGCUUGGCAGAUUCUAGUUACAUUUCAUUAAAUGAAUUUCAGAACAAUCUUUCCCCCAAAAACUCAAAGGCCAAAUUUCAAGUUAUAAUCGAUGAUAGAUUCCAGAUGAAAGACUUAAUCACUCGCCAAUUUAUGUUUCAAGGAUCGAAUUGGUUGAAAAGUAAAGUAGCUCUUGCUUGGUAUCAAGGAAAUUUGCAUCUGUUCCAACAGAAGAAUGAUGUCAGCUGGUAUAUCCUAACAGAAGUGGGCCAAGCGGAGAAGAAUGCAGGACUUCUAUAUUACUUUGUGCUUGGAAAAGACGCCACUAUUUGGAGAUCUAAUAAUUUGUACAGAAAAAUUAAAGAAAGGUUGGCAGGCGUGGACUGGAAGCAUAUUCAGGAACAUUAUACCAAUCAGAUAUUUUUCAAUGAAGAUCAAGUUCAAACAAACCUAAAAACGAUUUCCGGGGCCCUGGUGCCAACCGUUGCCGAAGGCAGACUUAGCGCAGUGAGCAGAAAAAUAUAG